GCUAAACUAAUUGGUAAGUCACCAGCCGCGAGCAUCUUGCCAUUCUAUGGCUGCACUGGCGUAGGAAACGAUGGAGGAUUUCGGAACGGCCGCAGCUACCAAGGCUGCGUUACUUCUUAUUAUUGGAGAACCUGUAACUGAGGACCAUAAACAUUUAAUCCCGGAGGAAUUAGCUAAAGGAUUUCGCACUUGGGAUGUGGAAGCCGCUGGAGUAGACAUAAACGAGGAAGUCUCUCAGAUUGCCAACAAAGGUGCUUUGGGUGAAGAAGGUCCUUAUGUCAACUCUUUUGGACCCCCCAAUGCAGGUGAAAGAGUGCUGCGUUAUAGUUCUACCACUUUGUCUGUGGAAGCAUUGAUAGCACCUCAAUCAACUACUGUGAAAAGGUCUUUGAAAAACUUCCUUGGAGCCCCUGUUAAGUACCAUCACUUAAUAUAUGCAGGUCAUGUCUUGCAUGGCUCUGGAGAAUGGAUCUUGCAAGAUGCCCCGUUUUCCUUUAGCAGUUUUGCUGCAACAUUGAAAGAUCCUGAUGUUGAGAAUGCUUUAAAACAACAAGAGGAAGGUAUAUUAAAUAUUCAUUGUUUUGCAACUGGAGAAUGGAACAAUGCAAACCUCUCAAAGGUUGGAAGCAAAGUUCUUCAAAUUAAUUUGAACCCCGAGGAUAAACUUUCUGAUUUGACUGGUGUUUUGCAAUUUAGCACCUACCUGUGCAAUUAUGUGAAAUGUAGGUCUCUAAAAGAAAUGCUUCGAUCUUCUGAUGUUGUUGGUAAUAUCAGAUUCAGCAAACCAACCCUGUACGUGUUCCCUGGUUGCCAAGGAGACUCUGCCUUGUUUGGAAUUAGUGGGUUCAAUCUAUUAGUAAAUGGUGGCUACAACAAAAAGGCUUGUUUCUGGGAUUUCACUCGUCAUCUUGACCGCAUUGAUGCACUCUUGCUCACACACUUGGGUAUUGAUAACCUUUUUGGUAUUAAUUCAGUCUUACAUCGCAAGAGCAUUGAAAAUGUGCAUCCAGAGAUAGGCCAUGUUUACUUCAAUGCCCCAAAGGGUAACCGGAACUCACAAGAUGAAUCAGAAUUGGACGGAAAACCAUCAGCAGAUAGUUUACUGAUAAAUCUUUCUAAUGAAGGAGAUAAAAUUACUGACUAUGUGCGACAAUUAAGACAAGUUGUUAACUCUUGUUCUCGACCUGCAACUUCUCCACAGAUUGAUCCAGUGAAUCUUUAUCAUAAAGUUGGCCAUGGAUCUCUGGAUAUGUACAUCAUGAAUCCUGUCCAAGACAGCAAAGAAUUAAAGGAAUUUUAUCAGCAAUGGAGUAAACAAUCAAUUCAGGUGAAUGGGUCUCAAUGUCCACUCCCAAACAUGUUGUCCAUAUGUGCACUUUUAAUCUGGCGACCAGCUGACCCAUUAGAAAAAAUUACUCGUAUAUUUUUCCCUGGGAAUGCUCCUCAACACAAAAUCAUUGAAGGUCUUGAGAAAAUGAAGACCCUAAAUGUGUUGAAGUUUCCAAAGUGCUGUGAUAAAGAUCUGAAUGCCCCAAAAACUGCAGUAAAAAAAUCUGCACCAUUGAAAGCUACUAGGACUACUUCAAAACCAUUGGCUAGCAAGAGCGAACCAAUUAAACGUGAAGCUAAGGUUGAAGUGAAAUCAAGGACAUCACUUAGCAAAACUACCAACAAGGGAUUGAAAGAUGACACUAAUAAAAAAACUAGCAAAGCAAAAGAAAAGAGUGAUAAACCAAAAUCAAGCAAUAGUGUCUCACCUAAAAUAUCGCCUCCCACUGAAGUGGCUCCUUCAGCUCAAUCUCCUUUGGAUGGUGUUCCUGCUAUUUCUGAACCAGCUGCAGUGGUUAAAGAAUCUCCUCCUGAUCUAGUCCAGAAAGAUUCUAAUCUACUUGUAGAUUUUGGCAGUACACCUGCAGAAGCUCCUGCUUCCAGCCCUGCCUCAGAUCCUUUACUUGAUCUGAUUGGCCAUCCUUCAAUGAAAGCUGAAUCUGAACAAUCAAUGAAUGCAACAUCACCUUGUCUCAUGAACAACCAAUCACCUGAGCCUUUGCCAGACCCAACUCAUGUGGAGAGAGAUGCUACAGCUGAGCCUGAAGAUGACCAACUUGGCAGUAGAUUAAACAUGAAACAAAUGGAGGAUAUGGGUAUUUAUGAUGACCUGAUGGGUCAUGCUCAGCGUUCUGAUGAUGCAAUUGAAGCUGACAAGAUUGUAUCGUCUGGUUCUGAAGACAAAGGGUUUGAUGAAAUGGAAGAAGUUCACCCAGAGUCACUACCAGAACCUAAUUUGGUCCUUGAGAGCCAGCCUAUUCAAUAUGAUGAUUCAAGGCAUGGGUUUUCUGGAAACGAGUCAAGGGACAUAACUGCAGACCUUCUUCCAAAACCUAAAACUUUACCUGAAAGUGAGAUUACUCCAGAAACAGCUGCUCCAGUUGAAAUGAGUCCUGAGAGAGAACUUUCUCCUCCACUGCCCAUGGAUUCUUGUAUGUCAACAUCUAUGUAUGGUAGUUUGAUGGAGCCAGCCUUGCCAUCACAGGCUGAGGUUUUGCAGAAUCUCCAAGAUGAUAUUUCAGAAGAAAAAACAAAAGAUGACUCAAUCUCAGAAGAUUGUUCUGAGAUUAAAGAGAACCAAUUAAUGCCGGAAUGUGAAGAAUUGUUGUCUGAGAAACCGCAAGAUCUCUUUCCAUCUGAUCAGCCUAGUUGUGAGGCCAGCUCUCCAGCUUCUGGGAGAUUCUCUCCUGAACACCAGAAGCAUGAUGCUGGACUAGAAUCUCAAGAUUAUGAAAGUCAAGAUGCUGAAGUUGAAGGUCAGCGUGCUGGUACUGAGUCUCCCUCGUUUGAAGGUCAGCGCUCAGGUACUGAGUCUCCCUCGUUUGAAGGUCAGCGCGCUGGUACUGAGUCUCCCUCGUUUGAAGGUCAGCGCGCUGGUACUGAGUCUCCCUCUUUUGAAGGUCAGCGCGCUGGUACUGAGUCUCCCUCUUUUGAAGGUCAGCGCACUGGUACUGAGUCUCCCUCUUUUGAAGGUCAGCGCGCUGGUACUGAGUCUCCCUCUUUUGAAGGUCAGCGCGCUGGUACUGAGUCUCCCUCUUUUGAAGGUCAGCGUGACGGUACUGAGUCUCCCUCUUUUGAAGGUCAACGUGACGGUACUGAGUCUCCCUCAUUUGAAGGUCAGCAUGCUGAUUCCAAAUCUCCCUCAUAUGAAGGUCAGCGCUCAGGUACUGAGUCUCCUUCGUUUGAAGGUCAGUGCACAGCUACUGAAUCUUCAACAUUUGAAAAUCAGCGUAGAGGCACAGAGACCCCAGAGUACCAGAGGGAGUACUCUGACACAGAAUCUCCAGAGUAUGAAAGAGAGCACUCUGGCACAGAAUCUCCAGAAUAUGAAAGGCAACAUGCUAGUGCUGAGUCGCCAGUGUAUGAGGAUGAGCAUGCCAGAAGUGAGUCCCCAGAAAGAGAACAUGCAAGUGAGGAAGCCUUAGGUCACAGGGAACAGCAUGACAUGGCGGACAGUCCAGAAGAACAAGAAAGUACAUCUGAUGACCAUUUGUCAGAUCGAAUCAGUCCAGAGAGUAAUCACGAAGAGAUGCAUCGUGAGACUGAGGAACUUGAUGAACGUUACAGUCCUGAGGGUUAUGAGGCUGAACAAGACUUUGGUGCUGCCUCACAAAUGGAAUUUCAUGAAAAAGAUGAAGACAAGGAGAACCAUGGUCCGAAAGGUAGUAUGCAUCAGUCUGAUAGUGGUACAGCCCUUGACCAGUGUGAUGAAGCAGACAAGCAAAUACAUGAAGACCAAAUUGAUGAUGAGGAAGAUGAAGAUUCUUCUGAAGUGGCUUCCCAACCUGAAACUAAUGAAAUGGCAAUGGACUGGGAUGAAAAAGAAAGAAGUCCUGAAGGCCAACACUUUGAAGAGCAACAAGAUCAUGUUGCAGCAGCAGUAGAACACAUGACUGGUGCUAAAGAUGAUGCAUCUUCAAUACCAGCAGCUUUUGAAAAGGAUGAGACUCCUCAACAUGAGGGUGAAGCCAAAACAAUGGAACAACCUGUGGAUGUACAUCAAUCUCACAGUGGUGAGUUCUCUAGUGAAGAUGGGUUAACUGCUGAAAAAGAAUUGGAAGAUAGAGAUGAUACUGACUCUAUUGAUGGUGGUACACCUGAUGAUGAAAAAGAUAUUGAUGAAUCUUGUGGUUCAUCUAAACAGUUGUCUGAACAAUCAGCUGCCGCAUUUGGCUUGAAUACCAGCAACUUGUCACCACUGGCACCACCAUUUUCUCCAAGUAAUCAAUCUUUUGAUCCUUUUGGUCAACAAGGGAAUGUUUCUUAUAUGGGAGGACAAGCUGCUAAUUUUGAAGGCUUUAAUGCUGAUGCUAAACCAUUUGAACCUGCUGAUGAAUGGGGGAAACCCAUGAAUCUCCCUAGCCCUCCACCACCUGAAUCGAAAAAGCCAAAUGGCGUAACUGCUGCAAGGAGCUCAACAACAUCAACAAUGAAAUCUAGAACAACUCACUCAAAAUUAGAUUCGAAGACCACUGACAAAAAGUUAGCUGACAACAAAAAGACCGAGACUAAGAAACCAACAACUUUAGGAAAAUCUAAACCUUUAACAGAACGAAAGACUGCAGCAAGCAGCAAGCCUGAGAAGAGGUUGGCCAAUGGGGAUGCAGAUCUGAAGAGUAAACCAAAGACUUCGGCUACUAGCUUGGAUAAAAGAUCAUCUUCAGCAACUGCUGAGAGGAAACCUUUGACAAAAUCACGUCCUUUAUCUUCCACAGCAGUUAAAGAUAUCAAGACUACAACCAGUGUUUCAAAAACGGAAUCAAAGACCAAACUGUCAACAACCAAACGUCCGACUUCUACCACUAGUGGGAGCCGUACUUCUCCAGCCUCCAAACCUGCUCCUCCUUUACCCCCUCACACUACAUUCUAUGUAGACUUGACAUAUAUUCCUAACCAUGGUGAUCCAACAUCAAGUGAUAUUGAAUUCUUCAAGAGGAUUCGAGCCCGUUACUAUGUGCUAAGUGCCCUCUCACCAAACCCUCAAAUAUUAAAUGCUCUUCUGGAAGCCAAACAAACCUGGGAAGACAAAGAGCUGGAAGUUACAGUUAUUCCAACAUACGAUAAUGAAACAUUAAGACAUUGGAUGGGUUUACAUCGCGACCAAUUGACUGAUCUGAAGAUUGAUGUGGCCCCUUCUGCCAGCCGUUGCACAAUCCAGUUACAGGAUCACGAAACAAGUUGCUCAGCUUAUAGACUAGAGUUCUAGAUCAAGGAACUGCCCUUUCACUCUACUCACCUUUCUUCUCGCCUUAAACAUGGCUAAUGGACUCAGUUUGUCUCCAUGAAAUUUCUCCCCACUUGUUUUCAUCAAGCCCCUUUCCCCCCACCUCUUUGUGAACAAGUGAGACAAUUAAAAAAUUAUUAUUAUAAUAAAGGCUUUUUUUAAUUUCCAUUGCCUUUCAUUCCUCCCAUUCUAACCUGUUUUGCUGAGAAGGAUCUGAGAAUUUUUCUCAGUGAGGGGUGUAUGGGAUGGAAUAUGCUUUUCUUUUGAAAUGCUGUUUAAUUUCGGUAAAAUGUUUGGUUCUUUCUACUGUUAUCAGUGAGAAAGAUGAAAAUUACUCAGGCCGUUACUAAAUGCAGGAACCUGCAGUAAGGCCUACAUAAUUUUAAUAAUAAUAAUGAUAAUAGUCUUCAAGUCAAAAUGCUAUGUUGUCAUGUCUAUUGCUGAUCAAUAAGAACCUACCCCAUUCCCUGCUACUUUCCCUUACAACCAAAUAUUAGCCCCCCGUCUCCUCCACACGUGUCCUGCAUUGGUGUCACAAUGGCUUUUUUGGCUGUCUAAAUCCACUGGCUGGAAAAUUUAACAAACGCAUUAAAUUAAAAAAAAAUAUAGAAAGACAAAAAAAUAAAUAUUGACAAAUUUUGAAAAAUAUAUUAUUACUGAACAGUAAUAA